AUGGCAAACUUCACCGAGGAAACCAUCUCCGUCGCCGGCGGCAACCUUCAGGUGUACAAGGGCGGCAGCGGCGAUCCGCUGCUGGUGUUGCACGGCGCCGGCGGCAACGCCGGCCCCCGGCGUUACGCCCACGCCCUGGCCGAGAAGUUCACCGUUUACCUGCCUUCGCAUCCCGGUUACGGCAAGAGUGACCGGCCCGGCUGGGUCGAGAACAUGCAGGACCUAGCCUGUUUCUAUACCUGGUACCAGGAGCAGGAAGGGUUGGAAAACGUCCGCGCCAUCGGGUUCUCGAUGGGCGGCUGGCUGGCCGCGGAGAUGCUAUCGAUGACCGGCCACGCCUUCAGCAAGGUGAUGCUGGUGGGCGCCGCCGGCAUCAAGCCGGUGGAUGGCGAGAUCACCGACAUCUUCAUCAUCAACCCCCAACAGAUCCGCGACCUGGUCUACCAUGACCCGAGCCAGGUGCCGGAAUGGGACGAGAUGUUCGGCUCGGACCCGACGCCGGAACAGACCGAUCAGGCGGAGGGCGACCGGGAGAUGGCCAUCCGGUUGACCUGGAAGCCCUAUAUGUACAACCCGCGGCUGCCGGCCAAGCUGGCCCGCGUCAGCAUCCCUACACACAUCGUGUGGGGCGAAAACGACAAUCUGGUCCCGGUGGAGUGCGCCGACCUCUACCAGCAAGCGCUCGCGGGAUCCCAGGUCACGGUGAUCUCCAAUUGCGGGCACUCGCCGCAGAUCGAGAAACCCGACGACUUCGUGCAGACCGCGCUGGCUUUCCUCUAG